AUGUGGGCUAAAGCCGAUCCAUUACAUACUAUGGCCAAAAGAGCCAGAAGGGCUGCUCAUUACUAUGAUCUUAAGCAUGUUACAUUAGAAGGUGAUUCAAGUAUAGAAACACCCAGAAUUUGCUUCAAAAAUCCAUUUAUUCCUACUGAUACUUAUAUGAAAAAACUAAAUUCUGGCCCUAUCAAUAUAUCAAAAAUGUAUAAUCCCGUUCAACAUGAAUACAACAAAUGUAAGAACUAUAUGCUUCCUGAACAUCAAUUUUCAUCAUUUAAAUCUUCAUUUUACCUUCUUAAUAACGUGUGUGAGUGUCCUACAAGUUCUAUCAGGAUAUAUAUAAUUCCCUGGUCACCGUAUUUGUGUGCUUAUUCCUCUAUCCAGAAUCCCGAUUUCCCAGAUAAAUCACAGUUAACCCCAAGAUAUACAAUAGAAUUGCCACGGUAUUACAUCUUUCAUCAUAUAUUAGAGCUCGUUGGUUUACCAAUGCUUCAUAAUUGCGAACCCCCGACCAAGGUUUCUGGUGGUUCAGUGUGUGAUCCGCACAUUACUGGAUACACAAAGUUCGAUAUUUCUAAUUUAACCAAUAUAGAGAUAACUAACUGGGAUACACUUUUAUUUCGGUCCAAAAUUGACAGAGCCGUUACAAACGUUUUGAAAUCUUUUAUUAUAUCACUAUUAAUGAGAUUUAUAACUUUCGCUUCACUCAUAGGUUCAAGAAUGUGUAUAUAUGUGAGAUGUAUUUCCUUUUUAUCCUGUUUAUUUUUAUUCACCAGUAAAGUAAAAGUUCGUUUUUAA